UGCUGUGCAGUUUAGUAGAUCUCAUAGUAAUGCUAGUCAGUCAUCCAGAUAAGCAAACGUUUUGGGCUGUCGACUUUAUAGCUUGGCUAGGUAGCUAGAUGUUGCAGAGCUCGCUGAUACAAAGCUACAUUUGAGUCGUAGGACGAAGUUUUAGUUCAGGGUCCGCUUAAACAGUCCGUAAUUUGGACCAGUUUGACAAGCCUGACACUGCACUGGAAGCAUUUGUUUUGACUUCACUCUCUCUACACCGCGGUCUUACGAAGGCUUUACUUUUAACGUUAUAAAGAAGAGAAACAUGAGCUUUCUAUUUGGCAAUCGGUCUUCCAAGACCUUCAAGCCCAAGAAGAACAUCCCGGAGGGAUCUCAUCAGUAUGAGCUGCUGAAACAUGCCGAGGCGACACUGGGCAGUGGGAACUUGCGCAUGGCUGUCAUGCUACCCGAUGGGGAAGACUUAAACGAGUGGGUGGCAGUUAACACUGUAGAUUUCUUCAACCAGAUCAACAUGCUUUAUGGCACCAUAACAGACUUCUGCACUGAAGAGAGCUGUCCUGUCAUGUCUGCUGGACCUAAAUAUGAGUAUCAUUGGGCAGAUGGAACCAACAUCAAGAAACCGAUCAAAUGCUCAGCUCCCAAGUACAUUGAUUACCUAAUGACCUGGGUGCAGGACCAGCUCGAUGAUGAGACACUCUUUCCAUCUAAGAUAGGUGUCCCGUUCAGACGGAACUUUAUGUCUGUGGCCAAGACCAUCCUGAAACGCCUGUUCAGGGUCUACGCCCACAUCUACCACCAACACUUUGACUCUGUGAUGCAGCUGCAGGAGGAGGCCCACCUCAACACCUCCUUCAAACACUUCAUCUUCUUUGUUCAGGAGUUUAACUUGAUUGACAGGAAAGAGCUGGUGCCACUCCAGGAGCUGAUUGAUAAACUGACCACCAAGGACAGAUAAACCCAGACUGACUUAUCCUUUUAACUCUAUGGUAGUCUACUAUUAUUUUUGCACAGAUGUCCCUUCUACCCUGCCCUGCACUGGCUAUGUGUAUACAGCAUACGCUAACUUUGGGGAAAUGUUCUCAAGAAAGCCAGGUAAGUAAGGAAGAGUCUUACACUGUCAUAGGCAAAGGGGUUAGACUGAGGGAGUACUAUACUACUGUCUGAGCUGGUAUGUGCUCAUUAUGGUUGCAUUAAUUUGGACCGAUCCCCAAAACUGAAAUCACUGGUAUUUAUUAGCUUCCUCUAUUUGGUGUAUAUUUAUCAGAUGCUUCUACAAAACCUACCACUAUAGUUGGCAACUUCAUACAUAGAGGCUAUGUAAGAAAUAAAGGACUACAUAAUUAUUGUACAAAUAUUUUAGCAUAUUGGUCACAUUGAUGAUAACUGCAACAAAACUCCUUACAUUAGGUUGAAGAAAUGACCCCAUUGCCUAGUCUUGGUAUAAUAAGAUGACUGGAUUAAAUGGCUUGUGGGCUAACCAAAACCCCAAUAGAGUUCACAUAACUCGCCAAACAAGAGUUGAUAUAUAACCCAUCAAACAUCCAUUGAUAAACUGUAAACAGAGUUGGUAUAAUCCAUCAAACAGUGUUGAUAUUUCGAAGUGCCUGAUUUAUGGUUCAUGCUUAGCCUCGUACUACCAUCCUCAUCUUGUGAGCGUACAUAGAUAUGUCAGUGAAGGCAAACAUAUUUAUGUAAGCUUGGGAGUUCAGGAUGGUAGUACGAGGCUAGUUCACACUCACUCUCCCACAGAACAACAAAAGAAGUGCACAACAUUCUCGUGGCUACAAAGGGAACAUUUGCCCUCACUGGCUUUCUGAGAUUCCCAUUGUAGUGUUACUUUAUGUAGCUAUAAAAGAGAAUCUUUAAUAUGAAUGGAGAAAUUUAAAUCUGAGGUUUGGGUCCAUGUUUUAAUUUGCCUCAACAUAUGGUCAUUUUUUUUAGUCUGUUUUCAAGUCAGGUCUAGAUACAACUACAGUAGUUUAAACUGUUAGAAUACCAGUAAUGGCAAAAGCUGUAUUUGAUGGGCCACAUACAGUAUACAAGUAAAAUAUUGUCUUUGAGGCCAAGAGCACCAUAGUUAUAGCCUUGUCCCAGAUCUGUUUGUGCUCUUGCCUUCUCCAUUGCAGUCAUUGUCAAGUCAAACAGGUUCGGCAUGACAAUCAGUGACCGAGAGUUGGCAUGAUAGCACAAACAGACUGGUACUCAGGCUACCAUAGUUAGUAAACAAAGAUGGGGUGUUCCCUUGCCCUUUGUCUUACCAGCCAUGAAGCACUUUGUACAGUUUCCUGACCUCUUUGCCUGAAUGUUUUUCCUUUACGGCAAAUAUGCUGUCUCUUCUCUUUUAGAAACUACUGAACUACGUCAUUUAGGCUCUGUUGCAUUAUCUUCCCAUAUAAUGUUACUAAAGUGAUGAGCCACGUAGUAAACUAUAACAGCACAUUCAGUGCUAUCAGCAUAUGCUUCUUUCAAUAGUGUGAUUUCCAAUGCCUUUUGUAAGUUCUGUUGAGUAAUGUAUUGCUGUGCUGCAGAGGGAUGGAAUCCAAAAUGAAAAUGUUUACUAUGCAAUAAUGGUCAUGCCACUCUUCAAAGUAUAAACAAUUUACUAUUUUCCAUUCAUACAGAUGGGAGCAAAUGCUUUUCUUUCUGUGUGUUAUUCAGAGGUAGUGGUGUUUUAAAGUGAUAGAUAUUGGUACUGAGACACGUUGCUGUUAUAGGACUUAACUAUAGACCUACUACUAUAGUAUGCAGUAAGACAUGAGUACAAUGGAAUAUAUUUAAAUGCCAUUUUAUACUAUCUUUUCAGGAAGAUUUGAUAUGGAGAUGCAACUAACUUCUGCUAUGAAAUCCAUACUGUAAAUACAACAAUGACAGGAUUUUGCUUUGAUAUCAUAUUUUGGUAGCUGGAAAGUCUAUAUUAAAGAAUGUUAUUAGGUCUCUUUUUAGAGGUGGUUUCUUUUCCCCCUUUUACACCAUGUCAUAUUUCCUUCUUACUUAUAUCAAUGUGUUAUUUUGACAUAGCUUUAGAAAAUGAACAUGAUUGUGUUGAUCAGAAGGUGGUAAAGUAACAAAGCCAUCUGCCAUGCUUCUCUGAGAACAAGAAAAUGCUUGUUCAUCACAUGCAAAAUUUGGUCCCCUGUCUGUAUAUUCCCCUUGCUGUAAGAGUAUAUUCUGAUGACUGAGUUGUAAAUAUGAAUUGGCUAAGGGUGAUGAAAGUUACUGAACUGUACAAUACUGAAUGCUGUUUAUGAUGGAAAUAAAUGUGUUCUUUGACCAGA